GCGAGAACGCCUACAAAAGCGGGAUUAGCAGCUUGUCCUCAGCUAUCUUCCCGGCCCCACCAUGGAUGAACACUCGGUGCCACACAACCUGCGGGAGCUCGUUGACAUGGACGCGCUCUCUUUCGUUACCGGCACGGACAGCACAUUCUCUGGACGGGCGGAACACGGGCACACGAUUGGUCAGGCCAUCAAGGCCACGCUAAGAAUUGUCAACGCCCUCCCGGCGCUCGCGCGACUCUCCUCGAAGUUCCGGGUCAAGGCUCCGAAGAGGCGAAGGGCGCAACGAGGCACCCGCAGCGACAUCCGAGUUCGAUUCGAAGAUGGAGAGGAUCUAUGGCUCCCGCCGUUGACCACCUACGAAGAGGCCCGUGAUAUGGUCCGGGAAAGGAUCCGAGUGCAGACAAUCCAUAUCGAAGCGCUGAUGGCCAAGUUGUGUCCGCCCAUGCCGACACUUCCACCGUCACCUACCAUGGCUAUGGGGCUACCCGACGUACAUUUUACUGUCACAAGAGGCAAGCAAAUACCGCGAACGACGCUUCUCACGAACAAGAACUGGGACAAAGUGACACAAUCACUGAAGCGCCAGGAGGUCAUCGAUGUUCACGUUUGCCCGCAUGCGCCCGUCAAUAUUGACAGGAAUCAAAGCUGCUUUCUGCCACUGCCGGCUCAAGAGCCGUUGACGUUCCGUUUGGCGACUGUCAGCGGCGAUAAACUGGUCGAUCUACCGCCGGCGGAUGAUUACAUGAGCGCGCUUGAACAACUCCUUCACGCUUUCGAAGAGCUAGCCAAUAUUGCACUGCAGUUCAUAUGGCUCACCGUCACCAGGUUUGUGCUUGCACUUUACGAAGUCUUCAUUGGCCCCUCCGUGUGGGAUGUCAUAAUCCUCGAAGCCAUGUCCACGCUCAACCCUCAGGAGGCGCUGAAUGUGCAUGUCAAACUUAUAACAGAUCACAGUGCUCGAAUAACGGCUACGUAG